AUGCCGAUACACGAUGUAGUACGGCAGAGGCUACAGCCUUUCACCUCGGCCGUCACCUCGAACAGGAUCUUGCUCUAUUCUGUCUUCGGCACGGCUGCUCUUGUAGGAACUGUCGCCAACGCAUGCAGGACUUACAGCAACUUUUACUCCGUCACGAUAUACCUUUCGAGGAGUAGCCGAAGCGUCCUGGUCCUCGCGAACUUUGGGCUUCUAGUUGGGUUGCUCUGCGGACGUGUCAUGCAGCGUCUCUUCUUUGGACCCUUGCAGCCUAGAGAGGUCGAGCGGCUUUAUGAUCAAACGUGGAUAUUCGUGACCGAGUCUCUGUUGGCAUUUACAAUAUUUCGGGACGACUUCGAUAUCCCGUUCGUUCUCAUGUUUGGGUUCUUGCUGUUUGUCAAGUGCUUCCAUUGGCUAAUGGCAGAUCGUGUGGAGACAAUGGAUCAAACGACCUAUCCUGGGCCACCCCUCAUAUUUCAUAUUCGCAUGAACUUGCUUUUCACUUUGCUCACGAGCAUUGAUUUCGUGAUGUUCGUGCUUGCAGUGGAGAGCACUUUGAAUUAUGGGGUCGGAGGUAUGGUACUUUUUGCGAGCGAGUAUGCCAUUCUUUUGGCGAGUGCAAUGAACUCGAUCGCCAGAUAUAUCCUUUCCGUGGUCGACCUCCGACGAGCACGGUCAAGAGGUGGCGAGAAUGCGCCUCCAAUGGAGAACAAGAGCAUGUACGUGUUCUAUAUCGAGCUAAUCACAGACUUCCUGAAGCUCGUGACGUAUCUGACGUUCUUCAUGCUCAUUCUCACCUUCUAUGGGCUGCCUCUGAACAUUGUCCGCGAUGUUUAUCUGACGGCCCGGUCCUUCAUCACGCGGCUACGAGCUCUUAUUCGAUAUCACAAUGCUACUCGCGACAUGGACCGUCGUUACCCGAACGCAACAGAAGCUGAAUUGGCCCAAAUGUCCGACCGGACGUGUAUCAUCUGCCGUGAAGAGAUGGUCUCGCGGAUCCCAGCGCCAAACGGUGCGGAGGCGCCCGCAGCUCCGCCGCAAGAUGGCCCAAACAUGACCCCGAAAAAGUUGCCCUGCGGUCAUAUUUUCCACUUUCAGUGUCUGCGUUCCUGGCUCGAACGGCAGCAGAGUUGCCCCACCUGCCGCCGCCCCGUUUUGGAAACGACCCCGAACCCGCGGAAUCAGCCGCAAGCUCAGGGCCGUCAGGGAGGUGUGGGUCCCGGCAUUGCGCCUCAACCUGGCCAGCAA